GAGGGCGAGGUGUGCAGUGCGAGGAGACGGAUAGGUACGGAUGGCAGGCAGGCGUGGGUUUGUGUACUGUGGUGCAGUCGGCGAAGCAGAGUGGAGUGAGGCGGCUCGGGGAUACGAGCAGGCUAAUAAGAGAGGCAGCGGUGUCGAGGGAUCAGCACGAUAGUAACUUUAGAUGCACGCACGCUUGAUGCGGGAUUAUCGGUCGCCCUGGGGGCAGGUGCAGAUUAUGUACAGGCGAAUGCGACGACGCCGUGCUCAGGGCUGCGAGGAACAAUGGGCCCCGGACUGUGGUUCGUUUGCUUCGCACGUUGCCCCGGCCCUGGCAUGGGCUUGGCCUCUCAGACGCUCUGCUUUAUUGACCGGCACCGCGCUGUUGCGCCAGCAUGUGCGGAGGGCGCGGGCGCUCUGCGGGCCGCCAGCGCUGACUUCUGUGCGUCCAUGCUGCCAGGUGCGCCCGUUUCAACGAGCGUCGCCCUCGCCGCCGCACCAGUGCAGCGCAGAGCCAGUUCGCUGCGUGCAGCGCCAGCAGCACCGCUCUCCAGCAGCGCCCGUGGACGAGGGCGGCGAGCGCGUUCAAACAGGCUGCGUGCUCGCACGGCGCUGCUAUCUGCUGCCCUUCAGAGCGCCCGCGCCGCUCGUCGCGGCACUCGCCGUCCAAGGGACAUGCUGCACGGACAAGGACAAGGAAGCGCUUCCGCCGGAGUGCAAUCCCCCGCCGACGCCGCUGCGAUGCUAGCGCGCGGGAGCUGCGUCUGGCGCCUGCCCGCCCACUAA